AUGCCGCAAAUAUUCACCCCAACGAAUCAGAUCCGGUUAACGAAUGUGGCCGUGGUGCGGAUGAAAAAGGGAGGUAAGCGUUUCGAGAUAGCGUGCUACAAAAACAAAGUGCUCUCAUGGCGAUCCGGUGCGGAGAAGGAUUUGGACGAAGUGCUGCAAACGCUGGCGGUGUUCAACAACGUAUCAAAAGGUGAAGUGGCGAAAAAGGAGGAACUGCAGAAAGCGUUUGGCAAAGAUGAUGUCACCGAGAUUUGUAAAGAAAUUCUGGCCAAAGGAGAACUGCAGGUGUCGGAAAAGGAAAGGCAGGAUCAGCUCGAUUCCAUGUUUAAGGAAAUCGCGACGACCGUUGCGGAUAAGUGCGUCAACCCGGAAACGAAACGACCCUACCCGGUGUCGAUCAUUGAAAAAUCGAUGAAAGAUAUCCAUUAUUCGAUCAAACCACAUCGAAACGCCAAGCAGCAAGCGCUGGAUGUGAUCCGGCUGCUCAAGGACACAAUCCCGCUUGAACGGGCCAAGAUGCGGCUGAAGGUUGGACUGCCAGCAAAGGAAGCCAAACGCUUGAAGGGGCGAAUAGCGAAGCUAACCUCGACGGUGACCGAAUCGGAAGAGUGGGAAGGCGAACGGCUUAUGCUGACGUGCCUGAUCGAUCCGGGACACUUCCGAGAGAUGGAUGAAAUUAUUCGUACCGAAACGAAAGGAGCUGGCGCGUUGGAAGUGUUGAAUCUGAAGGAAAUCAAAGAAGGCGAAGAGGUUCUGGAGUGA